AUGGAUGAGAAACCAGUGUGCAUGGAAUGCAACCGCCAGCACCAUGGCAAAUGCCUGUGGGGCACCUACAAGUGCUUCAAGUGCGGAGGUGAUGGGCAUAAAGCUAAGGAGUGCCCAAAGCUACGAGAACCUGUGAUUGGUCGAGCAUUUAUGAUGCAUGCCAAGGAGGAAAAGCCAGACACUACGCUUAUAACAGGUAGGAUAUUUAUAGCCGGUGUAGCUACUUAUGCCCUACUAGACUCUGGAGAUACACACUCAUUUAUAUCUGAGACCUUUGUGAAGCGGCUAGGAAUCUUACCAAAAGACAUAGAACUAGGAUUCGGAGUCACAAUGCCUUCUGGUGAGCAGAUGUUAUCUACCAAGAUGGUGAAGAACAUGGAGCUUAGGUUGCAAAAGAACAUAGUGCGGGCAGAUCUUAUUGUAUUGUAG